AUGACCCUCCUCACCCAGUCGAUGGCCCAGCUCGCCGCCUCGACCACAGGGACCAACAGUCUGAAAGCGGUCCAGAAGCCCUCCCCCUUCAAAGGAGAACAGGGCGGCGAAGCACGACACUUCCUAGCGGCCUUCACCCUCUGGGCCAUGUCCCAAGGUUCGACGCUGAACCAUGUGGACAACUUGGGCAACGCGAUCAGCGCGCGCGAGGACCAAUGGAUUCGCGCUGUCCUCUCGUUCAUGCAGGAUGGUGCGGCCUUAUGGGCUACCCCGGCGAUGGAAGAAGUUACCCAAGGUACAACGCCAUUCAAAGGAUCCUGGGCCGAGUUUCGCAACCAGUUCAAGGCCCGAUUCGAGACGGUCGACGAGGCAGUCGACGCGAAGGAACGCCUUCGUACACUAUGGCAAGGUUCCAUGACUGUUCCGGAGUACGCCGCCCGGUUCAACGAGCUCUCCACCCGCACGGGCUACUCCAAGGCCGACCUCCGAGACCGCUUCUACGAACACCUGGCGGACUCCAUCAAGGACGAGUUGGUGCACACAGCGAGGCCCAUCGCCUCUCUCGAGGACCUCAUCACUGUCUCCUCAGACAUCGACGUCCGCGUCCGCCAACGCCGUGCCGAACGAGAACGUCAGCGUGGACGCACCACGGCCACCACCACAGCCGCCAAACCAGCGACCCCCCUGCACACCACACCCUUCACACCGCCGUCCAGAGACCCGAACGCGAUGGACAUCGACGCUACUCGG